AUGAAGGAAGCCCCAAAGUCUGCCAACCACCAUAAAGUGACAGCCCCCAAGGGGUCCCCAACCCCAGUGAGUGACAACCAAAGAAUGUCAACCCCCAGUAAAGUGACAACCAAGUUUCAACCACCAGUAAAAGGACAACCAAAGAUCUGCCAACCCCAUGACAACCACGAAGUUCCAACCACCAAAAUGACAACCAAAGAUCUCCAACCCCCAGUAAAAGUGCCCCCAAAGGGGAUUUGCAACCACCGUAAAAGGAAAAACCAAAGAUCUGCCAACCACAUGAAGUGCCCCCCAAGAUCUGCACCCCCUAAAGUGACAACCAAAGAUUGCCAACCCGGAAAUCCCCCAACCCCCGGGGAAGUAAAACCCAAAAUCGCAACCACAGUGAAGUACAGCCACCAAAAUUUCCAACCCACCAGUGAAGUGACAACAAAGUCACAACCCCCUGAAGUGACCCCCCAAAGAUUGCCAACCCCCCCAUCUGCCAACCCCAGUGAAGUGCACCACAAAGUUUCUCCCAAACCCACCAGUGAAUACAGCCCAAAAUCUGCCCCCCCCCCCAAAGGCUGCCAACACAGUGAAGGACACCCAAACAAAAAUUGCCAAACCCACCAUAAUGACAACCAAAGAUUGCCAACCCCAAAAGUGACAACAAAAGCUUCAACCACCAGGAAAGCACCACUAAGAUCUGCCAACCACCAUGAAGGAAAACCCAAAGAUCUGCCAACCCCCCAUAAAGUGACCCCCACAAAAUCUGCCAACCACCAGGAAGAAGUGACACCCCAAAAUCUGAAACCCACCGGGGGGGAAGUGACAGCCCCCAAAAGAUCUGCCAAACCCCCAGUGAAUGCCCCCCAAAGGAUUGUCAACCCCCAGACCCCCAAAGUUGCCAACCCCAGUGAAGUGACACCCAAAAAUUUUCCCACCAGUGAAGUGCAACCAAAGUUGAAAACCACCAGUAAAAAUGACAAACCCAAAGAUCUGCAACCACAUGAAAUGAAAACCAAAAGUCUCCCAACCCCCAGGAAGUGCAAGAAAAAAACUCCCAAACCACCAGUAAAAGUGACAACCAAAGACUACCAACCACAUGAAGUACAACCAAAGAUUGCCAACCACCAGGAAGUGACAACCAAAAUUUGA